AUGGCUAUCGCAUCCGUGGCCCUGGCGAGCGAAGAUCCACUCAACACGGUGGCCGUCGUGCCAUUCGACCUCGAUUCAUCAACGACGAGCCGUGGCGCUUCUGCAUAUUCCUCGACACUGACAGCAUCGGCCAACUCGCUGGCCGCCGCAGCAUCGAAUUUGAUCACGGCGAUUGCUCAAGGCUCAACAGCCUUUGGUGUAUCGGAUGUUGAUCAUGAAGAUGCUCGAUCUGAUACUGGAAGCGAUCAAGGGUCGAGCUCGUUCACCUACACGGCUCCUGCCAGUGCUUCCUCGAAUGCGGCGCAGCAAGGCUGGUACGCCUCGACCCCGUACCACAUCUCGAACCGCUACUACGACGCAGAUAUCACGCUCAAGGCCACCAAGGGUGCACUAGUAGGCUCGAACGGGAAUCAAGAGCGAGACACGGAUGCUGCUUUGUCGCAGUCAUAUCCAGCCUACCUUGUGGUCGUCGACCGCAGUCGCAGCCUGGAACACCAUCGUCUGCUGGCAGCCAAUCUCGAGUCAAAAGUAGCACCAGGCUUCGAUGCAGACAUCAGCAUCGUCGCCGGUGUAUCGUUCAUCUCUUCAACCCACCCGCAACUAGUUACCGUCCUGGAUGACGAACGGCCCAUCACAUCCACCUCGCGUCACCAAAUGGCGUCACAGGCAGCGACACCAGCCAAAAUUAGCGACCUCGUUGCGCUGUACGCCGAUCACGGCUGGGAGUUCAUCGCGAUUGACGAGCUCGAUGUAGAUGACUCGGAUGCAGCGCUCAGCCUAGACGAUGGUCGCGAAGGCAGCUACAGCGAAGCUGACGACGACGACGACAAGGACGGCAUCGAGCGCAUACGUGAGGCACUCAUGAAUCACAUGUGGAAUGGUCUCGUGCGCAAAGAUCAAUUUGCCUCUUCGGCUCAUCGGAGCGAGCCACACAAUGACUCUGCAAGUAGUCGCACGAGUAGCGUCCCCUUCUCGAGCUUCUCAGACGCUGUCAAUCAAGGACCGGAUGACUCUGACGCUGUCGCGGACGACGCGCGCGGGGCGCAGUUGUCAAAUCCUGACGCCGACUUCGAUGGCAGCGGCGGUCUGCCAAGACUUGACCUGGACAACCACGCCGAAGCUAGCGAUCUGGAUGAGCAGCUCGCAAAACUAUUCCUGUCCAACGCAAAUGGGUCAACUGACCUUGCGGAGCUCGAAGCGUUCCUCGAGUCUCAAGACCCGUCCUGGCCGGGGCCGCCGACUCGAUCUGCGGCAUUGUCCGGCACCGACACUGCCGAUGCAACUCAAACAUUCGAAGAUGACUUCGACGACUUUCUGCCAUUCCAAUCCGCACCCGCCUCUUCGGCUUCUCAACCAGAAACUCAACAAGCCGACGCGAGCGAUACUGCAUUCGACACAGAAGACCUCCCGUCGAUGCAAGACAUCUCGCACAUGCAGAGUCGCCUCUUCGGUUCCAACGCAGCAGCUCGCUUGGAAGCAGGGCCUCUCGGCAUGGGCAACCAGACCAACAACGCAGGCGAAGGUGAUCUGGCGUCUCAACUCCAACAGCUGCAAUGGCAUGCUCAGCGGGUACGGGACAUCCAAGACCCCGACCAGCGGCGGAAAGAGGCUGCACUGGUGGCUCUCGCGUUCAGCAUGCAAUGGUCGUCCGACAGCGAAGAUCCGCUGAGAAGCGAUGCUGGGGGGAUGACGUUCUAG